CCAAGUGAAAAGGAAAAAACAGAACUUCAAAAACCAGAAAAUCGAAGAAGAAAAAAAAAAAAGAGAGUAGCAAAUCACAAACACAAAACCAUGGUUGCAGCAACACUAACUUCACCAUCAUCCCAACUCUUAUGCUCAAGCUCUCGCUCUAUCUCUCAGCUCUCUCCUCUGCAACAAUGUCUCUUUGGGUCCAAAGCAAUCGUCUCUUGCCCCAGUAACGUGAACUACAGCAAGAAGAGGCAUGUGGGCGAUGGGGUGAAAUGCAUGGCGGUGGCGGCGGAGACAGAGCCCAAGAAGAAAGGCGGGUACCAGAUACAGACGCUGACGAAUUGGUUGUUGAAGCAAGAGCAGGAGGGCGUGAUUGAUGCAGAGCUCACCAUUGUUCUCUCGAGCAUUUCCUUGGCCUGCAAGCAGAUUGCUUCGUUGGUGCAGAGAGCUAGCGUUUCUAACUUAACUGGUAUUCAGGGUGCUGUCAAUAUUCAAGGAGAGGACCAGAAGAAACUCGAUGUUGUCUCCAAUGAGGUUUUCUCCAAUUGCCUAAGAUCAAGUGGACGAACAGGGAUUAUAGCAUCAGAGGAAGAGGAUGUGCCGGUGGCUGUGGAAGAGAGUUACUCAGGCAACUACAUUGUGGUGUUUGACCCACUUGAUGGAUCAUCCAACAUUGAUGCUGCAGUGUCAACUGGAUCCAUCUUUGGAAUAUACAGCCCAAAUGACGAGUGCUUUGCAAGCAUUGAAGAAGACUCAACUCUUGACAGUGCUGAGCAGAAAUGUGUGGUGAGUGUGUGCCAGCCAGGAAGCAACCUGCUUGCUGCUGGCUACUGCAUGUACUCCAGCUCUGUAAUCUUUGUGCUUACAAUUGGGAAAGGUGUAUUUGCAUUUGCCUUGGACCCCAUGUAUGGAGAAUUCGUUUUGACCCAAGAGAACAUUCAAAUACCAAAAGCAGGAAAGAUUUACUCAUUCAAUGAAGGCAACUAUCAGCUCUGGGAUGACAAGCUAAAGAAGUACAUUGAUGACCUGAAGGACCCGGGUCCUAGUGGCAAGCCCUACUCUGCAAGGUACAUUGGCAGCUUGGUUGGGGACUUCCACCGGACGCUGCUCUAUGGCGGCAUUUAUGGGUACCCUAGGGACAAGAAGAGCAAGAAUGGGAAGCUGAGGCUGUUGUAUGAGUGUGCACCAAUGAGCUUUAUAGUUGAACAGGCCGGUGGGAAGGGAUCGGAUGGCAGUGCUAGAGUACUUGACAUCCAACCAACUGAGAUCCAUCAGCGUGUUCCGCUUUACAUUGGAAGCGUGGAGGAGGUGGAGAAAUUGGAGAAGUAUUUAGCUUGAUCAGAAUGUGACAACAAAGGGAUUUAAUUUUGUUUGUGAAGAUAAAGUUGUAUGGGAAUUUUUCUCAAGAAAAACAAUGAACAAGAGAGAAUUGAAUUUAUAUUUUGCUGAAAUAAGUAUUACAGAAGAUUA